GGAGUGAUCCGGCCGCGGGGGGCGGAGCGCCGGGAGCCAUAUAAAAACCGGGCGGGGGGAGGAUGCGUGGCGCAGUUGGCGCUGGGUGAGGUUUUGUAGUGGCAGCUUGGCCGAGCGGCGCCGCGGGAAAAAUGCAGAUCUUCGUCAAGACCCUGACUGGCAAGACCAUCACCCUUGAGGUUGAGCCCAGUGACACCAUCGAGAAUGUCAAAGCCAAGAUCCAGGACAAGGAAGGCAUCCCUCCUGACCAGCAGAGGCUGAUCUUUGCUGGCAAGCAGCUGGAAGACGGCCGUACCCUCUCUGACUACAACAUCCAGAAGGAGUCAACUCUGCACCUUGUCCUGCGCCUCAGGGGUGGUAACUAAACCAGCAGGUUGCUGCUUCCAAAUAAAAGGUUCCCUGCACUUGUUCAUUCCAAUAAAGCUGUUGCAUCUCUAAAA